UGCUAGGAAGAUUCAAAAGCUUAAAUGUAUCUCAGAACCAAUGCUCAGAGCAGGAUUUCAUAAUACCGUACCGUAUAAUGCCGUAACGGCCUUUCAUUUACAAAUCCAUGGAAACCUUCGUUGCCUUUUUUAAAGGGAAAACAGCCUGGGUACAACCAUUAUAGCAAAUACUGGCUUUACGUAAGAUUUAGUAAUGCAUAGAAAGUAAAGAAAGGGAAAAGCUUUAAAUCUUUGAAUGGAGUAGAGAAGCAACAAGACUGUUAAAGCUACUGCGAAUAGCUAUGAUUGCUGAAAGUAUAUAUUGAAAAGUUUUAUCAAGAUCUUAAUUCUUUGUUUUUUUCCUUUCUUCAGUUUGGAGUCAUUGUUUGGGUCCUUACCUAUACUAAACGGCUCGAAACCAAUAUUCAUUCUUCAGAAAGAGAGUUUUUCGAGCCAUUGCUUUAUAUUUAGUAUAGGUAAAAACCAUUGCUUUCGAGCCAUUGCUUUAUAUCACUUCAUUUCUAGUUGGCUGCUGAAUGAUGUCUUCGAUUACUUCACAGUUUUUUGUCUUCUUCUGCUUCUCCAUCUGGGUCUCGUCGCUCAUUGCCAAUGUUUCAUAUAUAAGAAGUUAUUUGUUAUUGUCAAUGUACUCAUUCGCAGUAAUUUCUGACGCAACCGAACUUUACUCUCGUGCACUGAGUCUAUCAGUUGAAAUGUAUCAUCAGCAUGUUUUGCCGAUUACAAAAUGAUUUUAAUAACCAAGAUAAAAUAAUAAAUGAACACCGGGAAAAAAUAAAUUGAAGAAAAAAUUUAUCAAAAGUUCGUUGUAUUGAGGGUAAUUAUGAUGAAGGGACCUAAAAUUUUGUUCGCAAUAACGAGAGUCCGUUAUAUCCGGGGUUCGUUAUACCGAGAGAAUUUGUAAUGAAUUCGUAAUGAAUCCAAGGGACCAGAUAUUUAGCUCGUUAUACCGGGAAGUUCGUUAUAUCAUGGGUUCGUUAUAUCGGGACUCCACCGUAUAAACGUCCAGAGAUUCCGGAAACGCAAAACAUAACCGGAAAUGACGUAGAAAGUUUUCUCGGAGACCAAUUAUUAAAACGAAUUUGCGAAAUCUCGUGAUUCAUGAUGGCGGACAACAUUAAUUUCUUUGGUGAAAUGGUAGGGUGGAACGAUAAUGGAACAUUGCUUUAUGAAGCGAGAAUAAACCCUCCUACAUUGAAACCAUCGGUUCCGAUUCAGCAAGUACACCUUGGACUUUCAGCAUUUUUUACAGCUGUUUAUGGGCUGUUAUUUCUGUUAAUAUGUUGGCAGCUAUGGCUCAUUUUGCAUUACGGACAUCGACGGUUGUCUUACCAAAGCAUCUUCCUUUUUGCUUGCCUUCUUUGGGCUGCCCUCCGAACGACUUUGUUCUCGUUUUAUUUCAAGAACUGCGCUGAAACAAAUUCAAUGGCACCGUUCUUUAACUGGCUAUUGUUUGCCUUUCCAGUUUUCCUACAGUAUUUUAUGCUGAACAUCCUUGUAUUGUAUUUUGUCCAGGUGUCUUUGGAAAGGAAGUACUCCAGUCCAUUAAAGUACAGGAAGAUUCUGUUCAUGGUAUUCUUCAUAGUGAAUGUUGUAUUUUUGAUUACCAACAUUACUUCGGCAUUUCUGUUCUGCAAGGAGCCUAAUGCUUCAUAUCAGCAAACAAUAACAAUUAUCCGUGUGGGGAUUGAUUACACCCUUUUCUUUGUCUCAGCAACAAUUUUGUGUUGGUGCAUUAUCAGGCUUACCAAAACAAGGACAACAAAAAUAUUAAUUGAGGGGCAGGGUGUUUCUUACUGCCAGGCAGUAACAGUUUGUGCUGUGAUUUCAUUGUUGUAUUUGUCAAGAGCAGUUUACAAUGUUAUAGCAGUUUCUCCCACCAGUAUGCCUACAUUUAAUUUUGGAUGGAUAAAUGUUUCUGAUCAGGGGGAGGUUGGAAGAAAAGGGAGUAUUAUUCAUACAACAAAGAAUUAUGCAUUUAUUUCAUUUGGAAUUGUUCUGUUUAUUUGGGAAUUGCUUCCAACAUUUACCACUAUUUGGUUAUUUAGAGUGAGAGGGCCGCAGAUGAGACUGGCUUCAUCUGGUAUCACUUCAGACAGCUUUAACAGCAAAUCAUAUUUCUUUGAUAAUCCUCGAAGAUAUGACUCAGAUGAUGAUCUUUCACAAGGGAUUACACCUCCAUAUGCUGGGUUGCUUGACAUUCCCGGCAUUGGGCAUCGAACAUACAGCGUCAAUGACCAAUUCAGCUAUAAGAAAAUUUCGUCUUACGGGUCGAUACCAACACGCGGUAGUAGUUUCAACCCUCAAAGUAGGAGCUACCCAAGCCCCCACGUAAGGGGUACUACACCACCUAUGCUGUUUUCUUCUGCUGGAAGUAAUCCUUACAAGCCUGUGACUCAGUCAGAAGAAAUGGACUAGCUGUGUAGCUGCAAAAUUCUCUAUCAUACGCACAGGCGUCAGAUAUUAUGUAGAACUGCAUGCAUUUACCGAGGGAAUAAGCCCACCUCUUUGCACACUCCUGGCAUCAAUGGAUAUCAUCGAGUUCUUACUUCGCAUACUAGCUUUGAGCAAUCAAUUUACGUGAAAAGGUUUGAUUGCGGUAUCAACUCAUUCAUUAAUACUAUAAUGUCCGCAUCGAAGGCGUUCUAAAACGCAGCUGCACGUAAGCAGUAGCACGUAAACAAUUCAUUGAUCGUACCGUUUUCCGCCCUUUUAUAUUUGUUAAUGUAUUUUUUAUUCUUCUCCUGUUGGAGAGCUGAUUUUUAACAAAAUAGUAAUGAACCCGUUCUGAAUUGAUUUAGUGGAGUGGAUAACUUGCUCCCUUUCAAUGUAAUCUCUCAAGCUAUACUCUUGAGCUGGAUUAGCGCCGUCUUAACACCAGAAAGGCUACCCACGUGGAUCCUUUUAUUCACUUUGUACCUCCCUUAUCUACUCUGAUCUGCCUAUAAAGCAAUUUUCUAACCAAUAACAACAGCGUUUUGUAAGUUCCAUGAGAUUGUUAAAUCAUUUUUUCGAUUGCAGCUUGAAUACGGAAAUCCAACCUAUAAACUUCAAGAUAUUUAGGAAUUGAAUACCGGAAUGCACUAUAAUUUUCUUAACUUCGUAUCCUUCAGAACUGUGUAUUGUUUAUAAACGCUUUAUACAGUUUGGAAAACCCGCAUAUUGGGACCCUCAUUUUUAAAUUUACUUCUUUAGUGUUCUUAUUUAGAGUUUUAUUUCUUAUAAAAUAGGCGCUUCUUUUCUUUUCCCUAUAGGUUUCUAUUUGAUCAUCAUUUGUGGCUCCCCACCACAAUUAACUCUACAAAAUCCCUAGUUUUCUUUGGAAGAAAAUAUGAUUCUAAUUUGCAUUCUUGAUAAAUAGAUGUGAUCAAAGUUUUGUCUUAUUUUAGCAGGACGAAUCUUGAGCAGAAUAGUUUUUAUCAAUUCUAGCAAUUUCUGUCCUUUGCGUAAGAAUAUUUUGUGACAAAUCGGGUAAACAAUAUUCAUAUUUCAGUUGGUUUUAACACAACUGUUUAUUCUACAGGCAUUUACAAAUGUAGGGUCUUAUAUGCGGGUUUUUACUGUAUGACAUUUUAUUUUCAUCAGUAAUUUGUUUUUAACGGGUAAAAAUAAUGCUUAAUUAAGUCGAUAUUCAUGUACACUCUUUUUGUUGCAAAAAUUAAGGACUAAUGUGUGGGAAUAUUCAUUUACGUUGUAGCCAAAAGACGCCAAUAUUCAGAGUCAAAUGUUACAAAUCAUCUUGCUACACGCACAAAAACGCUUAUAUUUGCAUACCGUAUCAACGUUUUAUUUUAAGUGAAUUGCCUCUAUCAUUUAAUAGAUAUUAAGGAAGAACGUCCACAAUUGACAACGGCUAGUUGGGGAAACGAUCAAAUAUAGGUAACACCAGACUUCAAUCUAUUUAGAUUUUAUCCAAAUUGCCAAUGAUAGAGAGGCAUUUGGAUCAGUUGUGAUUUCGAACUGUCCUUUACACCCAUAUUAUGUCAGUGUAGCAAGUUAAUUUUCCAACAGAAUAAGAUCGAUAAUAUUGAACGAUAAUAUUUUCUAGUGCUCAAUUUUUAUAGUGAAACCUGGCAGCAUAUUUAUUGUAUUGGAUUUAUCACUUAGCUGUAUAGCAUAGAUAGUUAUUUUCUUAUUACCUACAAGUAAAAUCUUUAUUUCAAUGUUUACAGAUAAGCAAAACAUACCAAGUAAAAUGUAGGGGUGCCGUGCCUCUCCGCAUUUCCCUAUUCAACAUCCACUGACUUUGUCGUCCAUCCAGUAGUAAUUGCCCUUUCAGCUUUAUAAUAUGAUUUUUUCAACACCACCAAUUCGCCAAUUUAAGGGUUUUUAAUUUUUAUAGCUAGCUGCACGUUAAACACUCCAGAUUCUUAAUGUUGACGCAAAUAAAAAAUUACUUUAUUUAUAUUUACUGCUUAUAAAAUUCCGUUAUUUGCAAAAUGACGUAAUAAACUCCAACUUGUCUGUUAAGAGUGCUGAGUUAAUAUUUGCCGUAAUUUUUUUAAUUCGAAUGACGUUGCCUACGAAUCAUGUCAAUUAGAUAUAUGCACAAUA